UCCUUCCAUCAGCCGAGCCUUCACACUGCACAUGCGCAGUCACGAUCGCAGUGUACGUCACCGGAUGUUGCGUCACCUCUUAGUUCUUCUUCUGACGUGUCUCAAACUGCGUGUCUCCGGUGGUGCUCGUGUGCGAUCAUCUGUCUGUCGUUGCCUUGAAAACAGAUUACGUGGGAGCAAGAUGCUAGAUUUCUUCACCAUCUUCAGCAAAGGGGGGAUUGUGUUGUGGUGUUUCCAGGGGUCAGGGGUCACCGAGUCCUUCACCGGCCCGGUGAAUGCCUUGAUCCGCUCCGUGAUUCUGCAGGAGCGCAGCGGAAACACGUCGUUCACUCACGGCGCGCUGAGCCUCAAAUACAAGCUGGACAACGAGUUUGAGUUGAUUUUUGUGGUGGGUUUUCAAAAGAUCCUGACGCUGACGUAUGUGGACAAGUUGAUAAAUGAUAUUCAGCUCCGUUUCCGGGAUCGUUACAAGAACGAGCUGGAGCACAAGGGCGCGCUGAAGCUUCUCACCAACAGCUUUGACUUCGGCGAUGACUUCAGGAUGCUUCUCAGGGAGGCGGAGGAGAGCAGCAAAGGCCGCACGGUCGCCAUGAAGAACUUUAAAGAGUCUGCCAAAUCCCAGAAAACGGUCAAAUCUAUGAUCGAGAGCAAAGGUGGCGACGAAGGCAAAGACCAGGGUGGACGCAAGAGUAAAGCAGCCAAAAAAGAAGCAGCUGCAGAAGCCGGCAAAAAAGAUGGCGGGAAGGCGGCCGUGGCCAAGGCGCUGGAGAAUGGUGACCACGGCCUGAGUCCCGAGGAGGCCAUGCAGAGGAGGAGAGACGAGUUCUUCCGCAUGCGCACAGCGAGGGCUGAGAAGUCCAGCAAGUCUCCAAAGCCUCAGAAGCCCAGGGAGAAGGUGAUGCGGGUCUGGGACAUGGGCGGCAGCUCCACCAAGAACCUGGACUACAGCGAAAGAAACGGAGAUGGUUCCCACAAUGGAGAGCAUCCCGACGGAGGCCUUAAUGAACCGGAGAUGCAGCUGAGCUCCAUGAGAGGAGACCUGCCAUCUGUGGAUUAUGAAGAGAGUGAGGAGGAGGACGAGGAGGAGGAGGAGGAGGAGCAGGUGGAGAAGGAAGAGAGGGUUCAUCCAACCAGCCAAGCGAGCUCCAAGAAAGGUGGUGGCUUCGGAGGCAUGCUGGGAAUGUUGCGGGGUCUGGUGGGCUCCAAGAGUCUGACCCAAGAGGACAUGCAGCCCAUUUUGGAGAAGAUGAGGGAGCACCUCAUCGCCAAGAAUGUAGCCGCCGAGAUCGCCUCGCAGCUGUGCCGCUCUGUGGCCCAGAAACUGGAGGGCAAAGUCAUGGGCACCUUCACCACUGUGGCCUCCACCGUGAAGCAGUCGCUGCAGGAGUCGCUGGUGCAGAUCCUGCAGCCCAAGCGGAGGGUGGACAUCCUGCGAGACGUCAUGGAGGCGCAGAGCCAGAGGAGGCCCUUCGUCAUCACCUUCUGUGGCGUCAACGGCGUGGGGAAGUCCACCAACCUGGCCAAAAUCUCCUUCUGGCUCAUCGAGAACGGCUUCUCGGUGCUGAUCGCCGCCUGCGACACCUUCCGCUCCGGAGCGGUGGAGCAGCUGCGCACCCACCAGCGGCGCCUCAACUCGCUCCACCCUCCGGAGAAGCACGCGGGGCGCCAGGUGGUGCAGCUCUACGAGAAGGGCUACGGGAAGGACGCCGCUGGGAUAGCCAUGGAGGCCAUCGCUUACGCCCGUAACCAGCGCUUUGACGUGGUGCUGGUGGACACAGCCGGACGCAUGCAGGACAAUGUCCCGCUGAUGACGGCCCUGACCAAGCUCAUCGCCGUCAACAUGCCCGACCUGGUGCUGUUUGUUGGGGAGGCGCUGGUGGGCAACGAGGCGGUGGAUCAGCUGGUGAAGUUCAACAAGGCGCUGGCGGAUCACUCCAUGUCUGAGAAGCCGCACCUCAUCGACGGCAUCGUUCUCACCAAGUUCGACACCAUCGAUGACAAGGUGGGCGCAGCCAUCUCCAUGACCUACAUCACGGGGCAGCCCAUCGUGUUUGUGGGCACCGGCCAGACCUACAACGACCUGCGCAGCCUCAACGCCCGCGCCGUGGUCAGCGCCCUGAUGAAGGCUUGAGGGGACGCCCCCCUCACCCCCUCAUGCUUCAGCAGAAGACGCCGCUCAAGUACCUCGCAUCAUCAUCGAAGCUAGCAAAUCGGACCUAAGCUGUUAUUGCAUCGGGAAAACGGUUCCCACAGUUCAACUCUGCCGAUCAGGCCUUCUGCUCCCGUUGGUUUGUCCGGAGGCUCGAAACAAGCUGGAAGGUCGCUGUGCCUGUCGGCCUCCUGCCACCACCACGGUGGAGAGGAGGUCACGUCAUGUGUUUGAAUCUAUGGUCUGGAGAAGAUCCCGAGGAGCUGACCAAGAUUCACGAGGACCUUUCUUAUUUCAAUGUUCAGGCUGAAACUCUUGAGUUGGAUUCUUGCUUUCAACCUCGAUUCACUUCGCCUAUGGAGAAGUGAGACCCUUUCAUUUGUGGUAAAGAAGUUCUACGGAAGAGUCGCUCUAAUUUAUAAGGAUGUUUCUAAAUAAAGCUGCUGUUAUAAUCGUA